AUGUUUAUUACCAAAACUAGCGAGCCAAAUGUUUCAGGAUUUCCUGUUGUUGAUUCACUUCAAGAAUUUUCUAAGGUAUUGACGGAUUACGGAACGGCAUUUAGUGAUUUUUCGUGUUUUACAAGGGAGCUUAUUGAUCCCAUCGUGCUACCAAAGGGCAAAACGGUCCUGGAUGUAUUUAAAGUUUGCUUUGACGAUAAUGCUUCCCUGUUGGAGGAAUAUCAUAGGGAUAGAAAGGACAGCAACCAAAAAUGGGAACCAUGGCGACCUGCGCAGACCGGCAGUCCUCAAUUUUCUGGUCAAAGAGUAUUCACUUGCACAACGAUAAUUAAGGCUUUGGUGUCCAAGUCGUGCCCAUUCACAGAAUACCAGCGGUACGCAUUUAUGAAUGUUGGGGGUCAUGAACCAACACUGGUUGUGCAGCUGUCAGGGCAAGCCGAGGGUCUUAUGUAUGCUGACGUUUUUCGUGCGGAGGCGUUGCUGGUUUUUACUCAAUCUGAUUCGGGUGUUGCAAUGCGUGUUUUUGGUUAUAUUCAGUUUCUUCGAGAUGUGUGGGUAAAAGGCAAAAUCCUGCGUACGUCACUUGAUAACGAGAUGCCAGUCUGCUAUAGAAAACUGGGGUCGAUGCUAAUAGAACGUCUUCAACAGGAAGGUGGGAUAUCAGGUGCAGAGGGACCCGAGAAAAGUUCGGCACUUUUAACUUCAUUACCUCCAGCAAAUGCUGUGGAAGUUCUCAAGGGCUCGUCUCAUGUAUCUGGCUUGGUAUGGAGGACUGUAGUAUACAUAGAGUUUGUAUUGGAGAUACUGAGUGCACUAUUAUGUCUAAAUUCACUUUUUAGGACGUACUUCUUUACCGCUUCAAAAGAUAUAACUGGCGCUCAGAUUCCUGUAAUUGCAACGGGCGAGAUUUCUGUUAAUUUAACGGAUGCUGAGCAAACAUUGAAUACGGAAAUAUUGGGUUUAUUGGUUGUCGAUUUACUUCGUCCCGUUUUGCUUGCAUCGCUACUUUGCUUGCUGUUUGUUAUACAACUUUUUUUACGAAAAACUGUUUUUCGUAUGAAGCGGUGA